GACGGUGUAGAGAGAAAGGUUGAGGCCAGCCUUAUAAUUAUAUUGGAACGCAUACUUUCGCAAGAGCAUUACAAUGACAUAAAAUCCUCAGGGGUUUCCUUCCUUCGUCGGCUGACAAAAAGUCAAUGACAUUCGAGGUCUAUCUUUACUUUCAAGUUUAUUGUCUUGGUGGCCGGAAUACUAGCCAGUGGACCAUCAUGGGAGCUUCCAUAUCGAUAGCGCAGUGCAAGAGCCAUUACAACACGACUGUGGACUGCAGCGUCACCCCGGACGGAUCUGGAGGUUUUCAGACUAUCGCUGGCUAUGGACGCGGCGAAGUCCCUCCCGAGCCGGACAUCGCGGGCAUUGGAAUUGUUUCCGUCUUUAUCGCUGUCGCAUCUUUCGCCUUUGCCAUUGGCGUCUUUGACGUUACAUGGACUAUGGUAAAACAUUGUUCAAGGAAACAUCAACGGAUCAAAACUUCUGGUUUUCAAAGACCACGUUGGGCUAGCAAGUUUAGUCGAUCGAAAUUCUUUCAAGCUCUCGUCAUCUCUUGCAGCGACCAACAGGUCUUCACAGGUGGUGCCUACCUCGUGACCAUUAGGUUUUGGGCAGGCUGUUCCAUAACCGCUUACCACUACAACAUUGUCGCAAACAUGCUACUGAUCACUUGUGCGACGCACCUCAUGUCCGUUGUCAUUUCAAAGAACUACUUCGAAAGGUUCUUUCUCGCUUGUCUACGAGUCUGUUUCAUUACAGCCGUAUUCGCCAUGACUGGACUCUUACUGUCAAACCAGAAUGCCAGCAACGACCUACCUUUUCCAACAAAGGUGCCGCCCAGUAAUGAAACAGAAAGCUUGCUGUUUUAUCAUGCUGUGUGCUUUCAGACUGGGGAAGACAGCAUUGAACAGUUGAAGCACCUCCUACUCGACUCAGUAAGAAAUGGAACAGCGGCGGAGAAGGCAUUAUUCCAGAGCACUCCGGGAAACUACAUUCAGGGCUGGAACCUCUACCUAGUCAUUCUGAUUUGGUACGGUGUCUCCAUUCUUGCAGAGUUGGGCCGAUGCUGUUAUCGAAGUAGGAGAAAACAUCGCGAAGCCGCCGAGAAUAACGGUUGGCGCAAGCACGACAACUAUUUUAUCAAAAUUUUCUCCGGUGUUGGUAAAAUCUCAUACGGAGUAUAUCUUAUUGGCGGAAUAGGCAUCUGCGGAACAACAGUGGUGAUGUCAAGCCUUUAUAUCAUGAGUCUGAGACGUUGGGUGAAAACGUCGCGAUGGCUCGAGCUCAAGGAAGGCGGGCAGAGCGAAGAAGACGAUGCAACCUCCUUUGGGCAGCUUGUGCCAAUUAUCUUGGUGGGAUUGACGGCAUUCACAUUUCUCUCGAUACUGAGCGAAAUGUGUGCCGAAGGUCGCAAGUCUUGCCAAACCAAAGACGGUUACUCAUCAGUCACCCAACAUCGCAAAGGGAGUGGCCGUCUGUGAUGAGAAAAGUCAUUAUCGAUGCGCUCUCUGCUUGACGAGAGAAGCGUACCUAACCGUGUGCAGGAAGGCUGUGCGAUAUGCUUAACUCUCAGGUAUCUGUCAUUACUUACUUGCCUUGCUUGUGCAACCUGAAAAUGCGGCGGAUCAGACGGCGGACGCGUGCGCGAUGAGCGGUUGGAACGGGAACGUUGGAAAUUACACAUGAUAUACUUAAAGAUUGGGAUAUCAUGCUCCCGUA